AACUACCAAUCGUUAUUACUAUAUCAAGUAACGACAACCAUCAUGUCUUUCAAGGUUCCAGAUUGGGAUGACCUUCCGGACGUUGAGGGAAUGCCCAAAGGUUGCGCAUGGGGCGUAUUCGACAAGGACGGCAAAAAGGAUAUCUAUGGAACCCUCAACUUCCUCACGCCAGAGGUCAUCAAGGCCGCCUACGCCGAAGCCAAAGACGGAGUCUCAGUCUCCCUCAACUGGCCCAUCGGCGCCAUCAAGACACCAGGAUUCGGCCGCAAAGGACUCGUACACAAAGUUGUCAGCUUCGUCGGCAGUGCGCUCGAUUGCCACGGCUACGAUGACGAGCUCGAAUUCAACACGCAGUGCAGCUCCCAAUGGGACUCGCUCGUCCACUUCCACCACCAGCCCAGCCAGUCGGGCUAUAAUGGCACGAAGACCAGUGUCGAGGAAUUGACGCAAGAGCACGGCAACGAGGACACCGAGGGAAAGCUUCCCACUCUCAAUCAAUGGCACAAGCGAGGAGGCAUGGUCGCUCGCGGCGUCUUUAUAGACUUCAAGAAAUGGGCUGACGAGCAAGGCCGCUCAUUCAACCCUUUCAACGACGACAAGAUCACCGUCGAGGACAUCGAGGCAAUCGCCAAGAAGCAGGGUGUGGAGUUCAAGCAGGGCGACGUGAUCAUCAUCCGCUCUGGCUUCACCGAAGCCCUCACUGGCAUCUCCGGCGAGAAGCAAGCGGAACUGAUGGGCUCUCAUCGAGUCUGCGGUGUGACCGGAAACGAAGAGACGGCCAAAUGGUUCUGGAACAAGCACUUCGCAGCUGUGGCGGGAGACAUGAUCGCGUUCGAGCACAUUCCACCGAACAUCAACGGCAAGGAGGCUCCUGUGUCGGACUUGGUUUUGCACCAGUACUUCUUGGGCCUGUUCGGUAUGAGCAUUGGUGAGCUCUGGGACUUGAAGGCGUUGUCCGAGACUGCGGCCAAGUUGAACAGAUAUACUUUCUUGUUGACCUCGGUGCCGUUGAAUGUGCCCGGCGGUGUUGGCUCUCCGCCGAAUGCGCUUGCCAUCUUUUAGGCAUAUCAUCAAGGCGAGACUGCUGUACAUAUGGAUGCAUAUCACCGUAUGGUCACCGACGCUCCCUCAAUAUCAAGUUCCCUGAAAUUCU